UCUUUCUUCACCUGCUCUCUUCCUGUUUGCUUUCCCCACCUUCUCCUAUUCUCUUCCCACCCCAACAAAACCUCUUUCUCUCUCUCCCCCCCUUCUCGUUCCUUCUUACUCAACCAAACCAACAUUUGGUUUGUCACCUUUCAGAUUUAACCAUCAACCUUGUCCUUUUUCUUUCCCUUGUUCAACCACUCAAUUCCGCAGAAACUUCUAUAUCGCAUUAACAUUAUAGGAAACCCAAAGCAAAAGGGAAAAACAAACCAAAUAUACUAACUCUAGCUUUUGCUUUCUCUUUCAUUCUCCUGCCAAACUUGGAAUGCAGCUCAAAUAAGAGCACAGGCAGUUGUUAAAAAAAUUCCAUUCAUCUUCUUUCCCUCGUAUAGCAGAGAACAUACGCCGCGACGAUUCACAUUUCUCGCGAGAAGAAGCAAUCGGAUUCUAACUUCAACAGAGGGAUUUGGAAAGUUACUCAUUAUGGACUCAGAGUUGCGAAAUACACACGAGCGGUCUCUCAUUGCUCUUAUGAGAUCAUCGACGUCUUCUACUUCCUCGUCAUCUACUUCUUCUUAUUCUUCCUGGACUCCAGACGAAGACGCUAUCCUUCCUCUUUCUUCCCCGCCGGCUCGAACCGGAUCCGAGGCUUUGCCGCAGGAACUGGACCGGCCUAAGGUUGCGGAGAAUGGAGCAAUUCGAGGCAUGGGAUUGGGAUUUAGACUCGUUAGUUUUUCGGGUCACAGUGGACUGGAGUGGAAGGACAUCGAGAGGCGGUUCGACCAGAUUGCCUCCCGGACCGGGAACGGCCCUGAAGCGGUGGUGAAAUGGUCGGGGUUCGGGUUUUGCAUCGGGAUGCAGCAAUCGCUGGAGUUUGCCAAUGAAUUACUAAGGGCACUACGAGGAGGAAGAGAUUGGAAAGUUGAUAUCACCAAGAGUGAUAUGAGGAGAUUCUGGUUUCGGAUGAAGGAUGACUCUUUUGACUCUAGAAUGAGAAUCUUCUUUGAUAUGUGUGACAGAAACAUGGACGGAAGAAUUACUGAGCCGGAUAUAAAGCAGACAAUCUUGCUAAGUGCUUUUACAAACAAGCUAUCCGUGACCCAAGAAGAAGCAGAGGAUUAUGCUGCUAUGAUCAUGGACUUGCUUGAUAGCAAAAGCAGAGGCUACAUUGAGGUAUCUCAAAUGGGGUCUCUCUUCAAAACAAGACCACCGAAUUCUUCUUCUCUUUCUUCUUCUCCAACUACACAAUUGCCAGUAGUUACAAAUAAUGGUGUUCAAAAUGGAGAGUUUCCUGAAGAACAGGAGCUAAUGUCAAGGGGUGAAGUGUUGUUUAGAACAUAUUGGAGACGGGCUUGGAUUAUUCUACUAUGGGUGAUUGCUUGUUUUGUGUUAUUUUAUUGGAAGUUUGUUCAAUACCGUGACAGAUCUGCUUUUCAAGUGAUGGGUUAUUGUCUUUCGACGGCCAAGGGAGCUGCUGAGACCUUGAAGCUCAACAUGGCACUGAUUCUCCUCCCUGUUUGUAGAAAUACAAUCACGUGGCUUCGCAAACACCCUUGUAUCAACUCUGCCGUCCCCUUCAACGACAACAUCAACUUCCACAAGUUAAUUGCAGGAGGAAUAGUAGUGGGUGUGAUCCUACACGGUGGGACACAUCUAGCUUGUGAUUUCCCGCGAAUUAGUGGCGCUGAUAAAACAUUGUUUAAGCAAACCAUAGCCAUGAGAUUCGGUUACCAUCAGCCAAAUUACUUGGAAAUUUUGACGACGAUAGAGGUGGCAAGUGGGAUUGCCAUGGUGAUCUUGAUGGUCAUUGCAUUUGUAUUGGCAACAAAGUGGCCACGACGUCGUUCUGCUAAGCUGCCCUUGUCUCUGAGAAAGGUCACAGGAUACAACACCUUUUGGUACUCGCACCACUUAUUCAUCCUCGUAUAUGGCCUCCUGAUUAUACACUCAAUGUUCUUGUUCCUAACCGACAAAUGGCUGGAGAAAACGACAUGGAUGUACGUUGCUUUUCCAGUUUUGUUAUACAUUGGAGAGAGGAUCUUUCGGGCCAUAAGAUCAGGAUUUUAUGAAGUUGAUAUUUUGAAGGCAAAUCCCUAUCCGGGUAAAGUUCUGUAUCUCAAAAUGCAAAAGCCAGAAGGUUUUGAGUACCAAAGUGGCAUGUACAUAUUCCUUCAGUGCCCUCAAAUUUCAUCUUUGGAAUGGCACCCAUUUUCCUUGACUUCAGGACCACAAGAUGACUACCUAAGUGUGCAUAUUAGAACUCUUGGUGACUGGAGCAACCAAAUUUAUGCUCAUUUUCAGGAGGCAGUGCUAUCAAGAGGACAUAGUUGUCCGACACUGUACAUAGAUGGCCCUUAUGGUGCUGCAGCUCAAGACUACGUGAAGUAUGAUAUUGUGGUCUUAAUUGGGCUUGGGAUAGGGGCCACACCUUUCAUCAGCAUCCUCAAAGAUAUACUUAACGGUGUCCAAGCACCUCCAAGUGAUCAUAGAGGUCUCAGAGAACGCAGCUUAGGAAAGAAGCCAUUAAAAGCAUACUUCUAUUGGACUACAAGAGAGCAAAGCUCCUUUGAUUGGUUUCGAGAUUCAAUGAAGGAAAUCUCAAAUUCAAACAAAAAGAAGGUUGUGGAGAUGCACAAUUUCCUGACGAAUGUAUAUCGAGAGGGAGAUGUGCGUUCAGCUUUGAUAAGCAUUAUUCAGGCCUUGCAUCAUUCCAAGAAUGGCAUUGAUGUUGUCUCUAAUACUCCGAUUCGCACACAUUUUGCUAGACCAAAUUGGUUCAACAUAUUUUCCAGGUUGGCGCUCAAGCAUAGAGGUGCUAGAAUUGGAGUCUUCUACUGUGGCCCAUCAAAUUUGGCAAGAGAUUUGAAGGGGCUAUGCACCAAAUUUUCCACCAAAACCACAACAAGAUUUGUUUUCCACAAGGAAAAUUAUUAGAUUUAUACCUAGUAUGCCUUGAUGUGCCGGUUGUGCCAAUUCCAUAAAUAGGAAGGCAUCGUCCACGUCCAAGAUCCAUUGUACAUAGUAGAAAGCAUAAAUGCUUCUACAAAAGCUUGUCCUCUUAUGUCACCGAAAAAUAAAAAGCUUGUCCGUUUAUAUCGCCAGGGCAUCUGUAACUACAUAUAUUUAUGUAUAUUGCUCUGGUGUGUCUGUCAUAAACCAACUCCAAGAAUUGAUUCAACAAAAUACCAAGAAGAAAGAUUAUACAUGAAUAAGAGGUCCUUUUGAUUGACCAUUGCAAA